AUGAAAAACAAUUUAGAAAGUCCAAACAAUUACUAAUUUUUAAAUCCACCAAAAUAAGCCUACUUAUAUUUCCCAUCAAUUUCUUAAUAAAUUAAUGGAGAAGGUAUAAAAGGAAAUCGCUGGUAUUUUGAAGGUAAUUCCUAAUACACAGAUUUCGAAAAUUAAGAGUAUUAAAAGUUUGAAAAUUAAUUAUAAUAAAAUACACAAGACUAAGAAGUAUUUAAUGAUUAUAAGUAUUGGAAUAAGGCUAAUAAAAUGCGUUUUAUAUAAGCCAGUGGAUAUAACUACCAAAAUACAAUAGCGAGUGCAAAAAGUCAUAAUACAUGGAGAUAGGCGACUUUAUCACAAUUAUAUUCCGAUGAAUUAAUAAAAAAUUAAGAUGAAAUAUAUAAAUUUUUGACUUCAGGAAUUAUAUAUCUUCAUGGAAGAGAUAGUAGAUUUAGGCCUAUUAUGGUAUUAAAUGCUUAUAAAUUAGAUUUUAAAUAAUUUGAAGAAGAUAAAAUGAUAUUGUAUAUUUCUUACUUUCUUGAAGUUGUUAUAAAUAAUAUGCUUUUACCAGGAUAAGUUGAAAACUGGGUUAUUAUUUUAGAUUUUAAUAAUACUGGACUAUUUUCUUUACCUAUAUUUAAAUUUGAAAAGAUUAUAAAAUUCCUAUAAUCUAAUUAUAGAGCUAGAAUGUAUAAAUUAUAUUGCGUUAAUUGCUCUAAUACAGUUUGGAUUCCUUGGAAAGCUGUUUAGCAUUUCCUUGAAGAAAAUACUGUAAAUAAAGUUAACAUUAUUAAAUCAAACUGUCCUUCUGAUUUAUUUAAACAUUGCAAUAAAAUCUAAGUAGAAUAAAAAUUUGGUGGAAACGCGCCUAAUGUUACAUAAUAUUAAUGGUAUUUUAUUUUAUUUUUAUAAAUUAUUAUUAUAUUAUAUUUUAUAAGGCCUCCAAAUAUUAUUUAAGGCGAUUUAGAAAGUGAAGAAAUUAAUUAAUUAAUUACUAUUGAAUAAUAUAAAUAAAUGUAUAAUGAAGAAAAAUUAAAAAAUUGUAUAAUUCUGGAUGAAUAUAUAUAAUGA